GUGUGCGGGGAAGGUUUGUCCGGGGAACUCCUUCCGGGUGAACACAGGAUUUCCGGUGUACCGGGUGUACACAUCCUUAGAAGAAGAGAGGUCAUUGCUGUCAGAUGGUUGUUGUGUCGUAGAGAUGAGCGCCUCGCAGGAAGAAUACAGCCAGCCUGGCGGACAGAAUACCUAUCACCUCAAUGAAGAAGAGAUCCGAGCCAUAAAGCAAUGUCGUUCUGAGAGCUUUUGGUACAGAUCUCUUCCCUUCUCGGCACUGGGCAUGGUUACCACACAACUCCUCCUUUCCAAAGGAAUCAUUACAACAUCUGGAAGAUUUGGUACAUUGCCUAAAAUUGCAUUUGCCGGAUUUAUCGGGUAUAUGGCAGGAAAAUUUUCAUACAUUAAUGUCUGUAAAGAAAAACUAAUGCAACUGCAGAAUUCCCCUCUGGGUGAAAAGCUUCGUCAAGAAAAGAGCGCCAACGCAAGAAAUAUGCCCAUCCCAGAACAGACUCCUGGUUAUUCCUAUGAUAAUAUUGCAUCCUCACCCCCUGUACCUGAAGCUCCUUCCAGUAAUCCUAACCCCAGGACUGCAGAUGUGCCAUUUAGUGCUUCCAUGAGUGAAUCCUCCACUACAGGAAUCACAGAUUACCUUGCGCAAGAGCCUGAAUAUUUUGAUGAGAAACAAGCUAAAGCAGCACCUGUGACUUACGAAGAGCUGAGGAACAAAAACAGGGGUGCCUAUGAUGUACUAAAACCACAGACUUCAGAGAGGCCCAUACGAAGCAGAGCACCAAAGAUUGACGAAAAAAAGAACCAAUAUGGAGAUGUGUGGGAAGAAUGAAAAGCCACCUUUACUGCCGAGGCAAUAUAGUCAUCAUCUGUAACAAAUUUUGUUCUCUGCUAAUAAAUGCACAAAGUGUGAAUUAAUUGCAUAUCGGGAAGUGCAUACUUAAUCUUUUCUUUCAGUGAAAAAAUUACUCGUGUUCUAUUUUAGGAAAUUAAAAUGUACAUUUUC